AUGUCUGGUCGCGGUAAAGGAGGGAAGGGUCUGGGGAAAGGCGGCGCCAAGCGCCACAGGAAAGUGCUCCGGGACAACAUCCAGGGCAUCACCAAACCUGACAUCCAAUGUUUGGCAAGCAGAGGGGGAGUCAAGUGCAUCUCCGGACUCAUCUAUGCUCAAAGCAUUCCUGGACAAUGUCAUCCGCGAUGCCGUCACCUACAGCGAGCACGCCAAGAGGAAGACCGUCACCGCCAUGGAUGUCAUCUAGCUCUCAAAUGA